CCGCCCCGAUGCGAUGAGCCAAAGAGCCACAAAAGAACCCAAAGUGGAAUCGACAACACUACAACUGCGCGCUGCUUGGAUUAAAUAUCAGGAAUACAGAGAUGAACGUGGUACCUUCAGGCAUUUGGAAGUUGCUCCCAAGGAUGAACCAGACUUGUGGAGGUCCACAAUUUUUUUUUUUCUGAGGUCUUGGCUGAUUUCUUUUGAUUUUCCCAUGAUGUCAAGCAAAGAUGCACAAAGAUGCAGUUUGAAGCAAGAAAACAAUGGAAAACUGCCAAUGUCUAAAUGUCAGGUGUGGAGCCAUGGUGAAAUAGCGCCGUAACCAAUGCAAGGAACAAUAUGGCCGCCCACAGGAUCAGAGUAACAAACAACAACAAUGUGCUCCCGAGAUGUAAAUCAGAGGGCACCCUCAUCGACAUUGACGAGGGAGUGACCGAGGCGAGUCUCUUAGAUGUCAAAGUGCCUUCUCCCAGUGCCUUGCGUUUGGCCCCCUUGACUUCUUUCGGGACCGCACAGGAAGUAGUUGCCAUAAAGGAUUACUGUCCAUCCAGUUUCACCACUCUCAAGUUCUCCAAAGGUGAUCAUCUGUAUGUGCUGGACACGUCUGGUGGGGAAUGGUGGUAUGCCCACAACAACAAAGAGAUGGGAUACAUUCCCUCCACAUAUGUUCAGCCAAUCAACUACAGAAACUCUUCUCUUAGUGACAGUGGAAUGAUUGACAAUCUUGGGGACUGCUCUGAGGAGGGAGCAAAAGAGUUGGAGUUUCUGGGAGAGUGGAAUGGAUUGUUCCUCAAGCCGUCCCUGCCUUAUGACAAUAACAACCCCUUCUCCAUGCUUUCGUCAACCAACCCUUUCCUUAAUGGAUCCAUGGUUGACAUUCUUGAUCAGAACAGCAAUGAGAAGACAAACCAAUGCAACAGCUUGGAUUUGCUUUUCUUUGAUUCCUUAGCGCCUUCCGCCCCCAUUUCCAACAACACAACCAGCAGCAAUAGCAACUCAAAAGGUUACAGCAAUAGUGUCUUUGAUGGCUCAUCCACCAGCCCUGAUCUUGAAGCCUUGCAGAUGCUCCGCAAGGACAAUCCCUUUUUUCGGAGUAAGAGGUCUUAUAGUUUGUCAGAGUUGUCAAUAUUACAAGCUCAGUCAAAUCCUCCACUGCUCUCAUCAGGGUUUUUUUCUGGACUUAAGGCUCCUUCACCGGAGCAGUUUCAAAACAGAGAGGACUUUAGGACAGCGUGGUUAAACCACCGAAAGUUGGCACGCUCUUGCCAUGACUUGGAGUCCCUAGGGCAAAACCCAGGUUGGGGACAAACACAACCAGUAGAGACCAACAUUGUCUGCAAGUUGGACAGUUGUGGAGGGGCAGUCCAACUCCCAGAUACUAACAUCAGUAUUCAUGUUCCUGAAGGCCAUGUUGCAGUAGGUGACACUCAACAAAUCUCAAUGAAAGCUUUGCUAGAUCCUCCCUUAGAGCUUAACAAUGACAGAUGUACCACUGUCAGUCCUGUGGUUGAAAUCAAACUUAGUAACAUGGAGAUAAAAUCAUUCAUAACCUUGGAGAUAAAAGUGUCAGUGGCGAUUAGGACUGAUCAAAUUGCAGAGGUUUUGUGUGUGAGAAGUGAUUUUAAAGAGGGACCGUAUUCCCCGGUUCCACAAGCUUACAUUUACGGUGAUACGAUUCAGGUUCAGCUACACAAUAUGGAGCCAUGCAUGUAUGUAGCAGUUGUCGUCCAGACUCAGCAUGUGUCCUUCAAUUCAACAGUUUGGGAUCAUAUGGUAAAGAAAGUUACAUUGGGGCUCUAUGGGCCCAAGCAUAUUCAUCCAUCUUUUAAGACUGUGGUGGCAAUUUUUGGGCAUGACUGUGCUCCUAAGACUCUACUUGUCAGUGAGGUUGGGAAACAAGCAAAGUCUGCCCCACCUGUUACACUACAACUGUGGGGUAAGCACCAGUUUGUCCUUAACAGACCUCAGGACUUGCAGAUAGGCAUGUACUCCAACAUGUCGAACUAUGAGGUCAAGGCAAAUGAGCAGGCUAGGAUAGUCCGUGGGUUUCAGGUAAAAUUGGGCAAGGUGAGCCGGCUCAUCUACAUGAUUACUUCUCGGAAUGCAGAUGAGAUUUCAGACUUCACAUUACGUGUCCAGGUAAAAGACGAUCAGGACUUCAUCCUUGCGCAAUUUUGCGUUCAGACACCACAUCCGCCCCCUAAAACAGGGAUGCGGAACAAUGGCCAGAGGAGGUUCCUGAAGAAGAAGGAAGUCGAUAAAAUCCUUUUGUCUCCAUUGGCCAUCACCACCAAAUACCCACAGUUUCAGGAGCGCUGCAUCACUAACUUGAAAUUUGGCAAACUGAUCAAAACCAUUAUCAGGCAAACCAAGAAUCAGUACUUGCUGGAAUAUAAGAAAGGGGAUAUUAUUGCCUUACUCAGCGAGGAGAAGAUCAAACUUAAAGGACAACUAUGGACCAAAGAGUGGUACAUUGGAUACUAUCAGGGAAAGAUUGGGCUUGUACAUGUCAAAAAUGUGCUGGUCUUGGGAAAGGUUAAGCCCAUAUACUUCUGUGGGCCGGAUCUUACAACCACAAUUCUGAUUGAGCAAAUCCUAAAGCCCUGCAAGUUCCUCACCUACAUUUACGCCUCUGUGAGGACGAUACUUAUGGAAAAUCUGGGAAACUGGCGAGCAUUUGCUGAUGCUCUGGGCUAUGGGAAUCUUCCUUUGACAUAUUUCUGCCAUGCAGAACUGGACAGUGAACCAGAGAGGGUUGCCUCUGUGCUGGAGAAACUGAAGGAAGAUUGCCUCAACAUGGAGACGAAGGACAAAAAAUCUUUCCAGAAGGAACUAAUGAUGGCACUGUUGAAAAUGGAUUGUCAGGGUUUGGUGGCACGGCUCAUUAUGGACUUUGUGUUGCUGACGACAGCAGUGGAGGUGGCCCCUCGCUGGAGAGAGCUCGCCGAAAAACUCGCCCAUGUAUCCAGGCAACAAAUGGAGGCUUACGAAGCUCCACACAGGGAUAAAACUGGGGUGGUGGACAGUGAGGCCAUGUGGAAACCAGCCUAUGACUUCCUGUUGACAUGGGCUGCUCAGAUCGGGGACAGUUACCGUGACGUCAUCCACGAACUGCACAUGGGUCUGGACCGAAUGAAGAACCCCAUCACCAAACGCUGGAAACACCUCACUGGCACGCUUAUCCUUGUUAAUUGCCUCGAUAUGCUCAGAAGCUCUGCCUUCUGCCCUGCCCCUCAGGAUGACUUUGCAAUCUAGCCCCGCCCCCUCAGAACUGUGACCCCACCCCUCAGCCCAGCAAUCCACAGAAUCUUAUAAAUUCUGUUUCAGUAUUCAAUGUCACCUAAAAAGACUUUGCUGAGCUUUGAUUUAAAAGGUACAGUCUUUUCUAAGUUACCGCCAGCUGUGAGUUUACCUCAGUUCAAUUGCCGCGAGGACUUCCUGCACCCGACCAAGCCCAUAUAAGGACAUGUGCUAAGCCAAUCAAGCAAAAACUCAGUGUUUUAAGUGUAGCUAUUUUUUGAGAUUCCUAAAAGCAUUUUUAUCAGUCUUGUUCUUUGCGAUUAUCUAUAUUUUUUAUAUCGGGUGGCACAAUGGACAUUUUUACAAUCGCUUUAAUGUUUUUCAAACAAUUGUUUGUUUGUUUGUUUGUUUUUUCAGAAAAAAGAUAAUCAUAUCUUUGUUCAUCACUGAAAAUUGUCUAUUUUGUCAAGUCACAUUUACCCUAUUUUGACCAUACUGAAUUUCGUUGCCAAACGAUAAACACAAGCCUUCCUCAUGUACGGUUUAUCAUUCCACUGAUAUGUUGCUUGAGAGUCAGAUUUAAUUGGUUGGUUUAUAAAAGAAUGACAACACAGAUUUGCCUUAGAAACACCACAAACUGGUUUUGGGGCCAGAUUAUCUGUUUGGCCGAUGACUGGAGUGUUGGGGAAACCUGUUCGAAAACAGUCUUUUAUGUCUUCAACAUAUUUGCAACUUCGUUUGGUGUCGCUAAUGGCACAGAAAUUACACUUUAAAGCUUUAGCAAAAUUUGCGGAGUUCGCAUUACCAUAUACUUUAGGUGUUAAAUCGCAGUGUUUCUUUUUUGAUCAGUUUUCAAUUGUGUCAUUUUUACUCAGUGUUUUUGUUUAAUCCAUGAGAAAUUAAUGCAGUCAGAUAAAUAAAUGUAUAGACCAUUAUGUGAUUUUAUUUACAAUGACAAAGAUUUGUUGAUUUGUUUUGGUGUGUUCUACAUUAAAAAAAAUGUGUACUUAAGCUGAUAUAUAAUUUUUCGAUAUUUAGAAUUUUUUAUGUUCUUGUAAAGCUGUUUGUUUCUUUGUUUGUUUGUUUGUUUGUUUGUUUGUUUUAAAUAAUAAUCUGUUCUUUUUCUUCUUACUGUAAGUACAUUUAAAGUCCAGUACUUGUCAUGUAUUCUUUUUUUGCUGUUUUUUUCUUUUUUCUUUUUUUAACAGCAUUAGCAUUUUGGGAAAAAAGGAAUGUAUAUAUUUUAUAUAUAUUCUGUGAUUAGAGUUAUGUCAGAUGGGAUGAAUGUUUUGGUGUUAGAUCUUCGAGAUGUUUCACAUAAACUGUUUGAAAAGUCUGAAUAGGCAUAAUUCACACAUUGUCUUAGUUGCCGCCAAAUGUUUAGAAAGAAAAUGAUUUAAACAUGCUGUCCCAUGUUGUUCCCAUGGAUUCAAUAAAGCAGCU